AUGGCGACAGCCCACUAUCCGUCACCUUACCCCGCCUUCACGGAGCAGUAUGCGGACGGUACCACGUCAGCGCAGAUUUACGGUACCGUGAAACACGAGACGAUGGCCUGCUGGACAGGCGGUCCGUCUCCCUCGGUAACUCCCUUGGGCAUGCCCCCAAUUCAUCCGAAACUUGAGCACUGCGUGGUGGGAACUCAGAUGGGUGCGGAUGAAGCGCAGAACCCCAUGACCAACAUGGGCGGUUUCGAAGGCAUGCCGAGCGGCGCGCCGUCCACCGUCCCUUCCUACGCGUCGCUGCCGAUGGUUUCCCCAGACCAAAAGGUUCAGUUGCCGCCUGUCCAUUACCAGGUCGGCAUGGGCGAGAACUACACGAUGAACAUGCUGCCUGGAAACAGCUUGAUGAUGCCCAACCCCAACAUGGUUGGCGGCCUCGACGGAUCGAUGCAGACUUUCCAGCACCACUUCGGUCCAGAGUUUUCGUUUUUCAACGGGGUUGAAGGCUCCGGCAUGCCGCAAGGCUUUCACGCCGCCCUUGCGGCACAGAACGAAAACGGCAUGGCCGCGUCCUUUGCUAGCGAACCCAUUCGCAAAGCCGUCAGGAAGCUGGAACCCCCCACGCCUUCUGCAGCCGAAAUGAAAGAAGCCCCGGCGCCCGCGGCUCCCCAGGCGCGUUCUCACAGAAAGAAAAUGUUUUGUUGCUAA